AAGUAGUCAUCAGGCUUAAACUGACUGGGGGGCAAGUGGCAUGUAGAGAGCGUGCAUCAGAGUGACACUGUGCACCAGCAUCCACUUUGCCCCUGCAGCAGCUCUCAGUUGCUGCUUAGUGAUAUAAAAGCAGGAGGAAAAACAGUCAGAUGAAGUAAAGCUCCGUCCAGUCCAGAAUUUUUUUUUUUACUGGGAAAUUUAACAACCCGUUCAAUGUGCACAUUCUGUGCAAAGGAUGAUGAAUAACGUGACAGACAGUGAGGAGGGAGAAGGAGGACCCAACAGCCAGGGUGAUGCAAACCCUAAAGAGAGUAGCCCUUUCAUCAACAGCACUGCAGCCACUGAUGUGGAGAAGAGCCAGCAGUAUGACAGCAAGAGUAUGGCACUGUUUGAGGAGGAGAUGGACACCAGUCCAAUGGUUUCCUCUCUGCUCAGCACUCUGGCCAACUACUCCAACCUGCCAACUGGCAGCAAAGAGCAUGAGGAGGCUGAGAACAAUGAGGAAGGCCCACGCCCAUCAAAAAAACCUGUCAAGGCACCACAGCUGGGCACUCUGAUGGGAGUCUACUUGCCAUGUAUCCAGAAUAUUUUUGGGGUUAUUCUUUUCCUGAGGAUGACGUGGAUGGUUGGGAUUGGAGGAGUCUUUGGCUCCUUCAUAAUCGUUUUCAUGUGUUGCUCCACGACCAUGCUCACUGCCAUCUCCAUGAGUGCUAUUGCAACUAAUGGGGUUGUACCAGCUGGAGGCUCAUACUACAUGAUCUCUCGCUCACUGGGGCCCGAGUUUGGUGGAGCUGUUGGGAUUUGUUUCUACUUGGGCACAACAUUUGCUGGAGCCAUGUACAUCCUAGGCUGCAUUGAAAUUCUUCUUAUUUACAUUUUUCCUCAGGCUGCCAUCUUUAAACUGGAGGGCCUGGAGGGAGCAGAGGCAGAGAUUGCUCUGCUUAACAACAUGCGAGUGUAUGGCACCAUCGUGCUGAGCUUAAUGGCACUGGUGGUGUUUGUGGGAGUCAAAUACGUCAACAAACUGGCACUGGUCUUCUUGGCUUGUGUUAUCUUCUCUAUUCUGGCUGUUUACGCAGGAGUCAUCAAUACGGCCUUCGAGCCCCCAACCUUCCCUGUUUGUCUGCUUGGAAACAGAACACUCAUCUCUAAAGGAUAUGAUGUCUGCGCAAAGGUGAUAGAAAUAGACAAUGAGACCGUUACCACCAAACUCUGGAGUUCCUUCUGCGAUUCUGAUUCCCUUAACGCCACCUGCGAUGAAUACUUCACCAACAACAACGUCACAGAGAUACAAGGAAUUCCAGGAGUUACCAGUGGUAUUCUGGCAGAGAACCUGUUUGGUUACUAUCUGGAGAAAGGCAUGUUCCUGGAGAAGCGUGGACUCCUCUCCAAUGUGGAUCCUGACAGUCCCACAACCAACAGUAACCGUUAUGUCCUGGCAGACAUCACCAGCUUUUUCACCCUGUUGGUUGGGAUCUACUUCCCCUCCGUCACAGGUAUCAUGGCUGGAUCCAACCGCUCUGGGGACCUGCGUGAUGCUCAGAAGUCGAUCCCCAUCGGCACCAUUGCUGCUAUCACCACCACAUCAACUGUGUAUAUGUCGUGUGUCAUACUGUUUGGGGCUUGUAUUGAAGGAGUCGUAUUACGAGACAAAUUUGGUGAAGGAGUCAAUGGUAAUCUGGUGAUCGGAACGCUGGCUUGGCCAUCUCCGUGGGUCAUUGUAUUCGGCUCCUUCUUCUCCACCUGUGGAGCAGGACUGCAGAGUCUGACUGGAGCUCCUCGACUGCUUCAGGCAAUUUCAAGAGAUGGCAUCAUCCCAUUUCUUAGAGUUUUUGGACAUGGAAAAGCCAAUGGGGAGCCAACUUGGGCCCUCCUGCUUACAGCCAGCAUCUGUGAGAUUGGCAUCAUCAUUGCAUCCUUGGAUUCAGUUGCCCCCAUCCUCUCCAUGUUUUUCUUGAUGUGCUACAUGUUCGUCAAUCUUGCAUGUGCCCUGCAGACUCUGUUGAGGACGCCAAACUGGAGACCACGAUUUAAAUUUUACCACUGGGCCCUGUCAUUCCUGGGCAUGAGCUUGUGCCUGUCGCUCAUGUUCAUUUGCUCUUGGUAUUAUGCCAUUGUUGCCAUGGGCAUUGCCACCUGCAUCUAUAAAUACAUUGAGUUUUGUGGAGCUGAGAAGGAGUGGGGUGAUGGCAUACGUGGCAUUUCGCUCAGUGCUGCACGGUUUGCUCUGAUGAGGCUGGAGGAGGGACCUCCACACACAAAGAACUGGAGACCUCAGAUUCUGGUUCUGGUGAGCAUGGAUGCAACGCAGAAUGUGGAACAGCCUCGUCUGCUCUCACUGACCAAUCAGCUGAAAGCAGGCAAAGGUCUCACAAUCGUUGGUACCACCGUUCAAGGAACCUUCCUCAGCAAUUAUACUGAUGCUCAGAGGGCUGAUCAGUCACUGCGAAAGCUGAUGGAGACAGAGAAAGUGAAAGGCUUCUCUCAGGUCGUCAUUUCCUCCAACCUAAGAGAUGGAACCUCCCACCUGAUACAAGUUGGAGGGCUUGGAGGUCUAAAACACAACACGGUUAUGGUCAGCUGGCCCUGUAACUGGAAACAGCCAGAAUACUACCAGCAAUUUAGAAACUUCAUCGAGGUGGUCAGAGAGACAACUCUAGCAAGUUUGGCAUUACUGGUCCCAAAAAAUAUCUCCAGCUAUCCAUCCAAUGGAGAGCGCUUCACUGAAGGCCACAUAGAUGUGUGGUGGAUCGUCCAUGAUGGAGGCAUGUUGAUGCUUCUGCCCUUCCUGCUGCGUCAGCAUAAGGUGUGGAGGAAGUGCAAGAUGCGCAUAUUUACCGUGGCUCAAAUGGAUGACAACAGCAUCCAGAUGAAGAAAGACCUCAUUAUGUUUCUUUACCACCUGCGACUCGAUGCAGUUGUGGAAGUGGUGGAGAUGCUGGACAAUGACAUAUCAGCGUACACGUAUGAGAAGACGCUGGUAAUGGAGCAACGAUCGCAGAUCCUCAAACAAAUGCAUCUGACAAAGAAUGAGAUGGAGAGAGAGAUACAAAGCAUCACAGAUUCAUCUCGUGGAUCCAUAAGGCGUAAAAAUCCGUCUACUUUGCAGUCCCAGCACAAGGCCGAGGGCGGAGACGCUGUGGCAGAAAAACCAGAGGAAAAGGUCCAGCUGAUCUACAACAAGAACGCCUCCACACCCACCAGCCCUACAAGCCCCACGCCACCUGCUGAGCCCCCUGCAGGAGGCGCUGCAGCCUGGACAGACAGUAAGGGCGCAGACAAAGGGAGGACCCUUUCACCUGCAGCACCUGCAGAGGCAGGCAAAGACCUCUUCAGCAUGAGACCGGAAUGGGAAAACUUGAAUCAGGUCGACUUGAGGCGCAUGCACACAGCCGUAAGGCUCAAUGACGUCAUCACCAAAAAAUCCAAGGAGGCUAAGCUUGUCCUGCUUAACAUGCCUGGACCACCAAAAAACCGAGUGGGCGAUGAAAACUACAUGGAAUUUCUUGAGGUGCUCACUGAAGGUCUCAAUCGGGUUCUGCUAGUGCGUGGAGGUGGACGUGAAGUCAUCACCAUUUACUCUUGAGGGGUUUUUAAAUGUCCCCCAAAGUAUCCCUAUCCUCUCACCUGACUCUUUAUGUUGUGCUCAGACAGUUGAGUUUCCAGGUGUCAUAUACUCAUGUAGGUCUUUCUACAUUAGCUACCAGUUAAAUAUUUGGGCAAUUCAAAAAACGGAAAGAAUUUAGGCCAAGAAAAAUCUUGAUGUCCUUGUAGUUUCAAGUCCCCUUUGUAUUAGAUUUUUCCUUGAUUUUAUUCCUGUUUAAGAGACGUCUUCUUAUCUUCACGUUUGACCGUUGCUUUUCUAUCUUCAAUAAUUAAGUUCUAUUUGUAAUUCUGACUGUCGUUCGUCUUUUUUUUUGUCUUUCCAUGUAUGCUUGGAAGUAAUGCUGAAAGUUUGCUAAACGAAGAUGUUUUUUGUUUCCUCUUUGAAUGGAUUAAAUUGAGGUUUUCUGUACUAAAUGAGACCUGCACAGUCUGAAAAACUGCACAGGGUGAUGAAAGAACAGUGGUGCCAUUAGAACAUUUCUUGCAUACUUCCACAUACAACAUACGUAGUUGUAUCUGUUCGUUUGCUGAUAGCAUCAUCUACAUGAAAGUACCUUAAGGUAGCAUAUAUAAAGGAUGUAUUGUGUAAAAUCAUAAUAAAAAAAAUGUUUUAUCUGGCA